AUGCAGCAUUGCACCGUCAGCGCGCCCGUGCACUCCUGCAGCCCUGCCAGCCUCGCCGCCAGCGCCAAGUACGCCGCCGUCGAGCUCCUCAACAAGCAGCGACUAUACUUCGUCGUCGAGGUGAAGUCGAGAGCAAAGGAACUGUACAAGCAGACAUGCGCUCACCUGUCCUCUCAGGGAAUGCUGGACACAGAACUUUUCGGAUUGGCUAUCGUUGUUGAUGGCGAGUUCCUGUUCGUGGACCCGGACAGCAAGCUGUCCAAGUACGCGCCCAAACACUGGAAGUCUUCACAUGGACACGGUUUGGACGGCAAUGGAAGACCCUCCCUCGUGUUGUACUUCAGAGUCCAGUUCUACGUGGACAGUCCAUUGUUGCUCAGGGAUGAGGAGACUCGUCACCAUUACUACCUGCAGCUGCGCCACAAUGUGGUGUCCCGCGGCCUGCUGCAUGCCUGCGCCAGUGAGGAGCUGCUCUACCUGCUGGCGGGGCUCGCCCUGCAGGCGGACCUCGGCGAUUACAACCCACAGCAGCACACGGGCGCCUACUUCGGCGCAGCAGAAUACUUCCCGAAGCAGAUGGUGGAGAAUUCGGAGCAGCAACUCGUGCAAACAGUUCCCACUCUACAUCGCGACAACCGUGGAAUGGGACGAGCACGGGCGGAGUUGCUGUACAUUCGUGAGGCCUCCUCGACAGAGGUCUCACCACUUACACACAAUUCGCACCUCUACCGCCUUCGAUAUAAGAAGAAUGAGCAGGGCCCUGGCACUGUCUGGCUUGCCAUUACAGCCAAAGGCAUUCAGAUUUAUGAGGAAAUCUCUGCAAAGACAUUGACGGCAACAUUCUUGUGGAAUAAUAUAGGAAAACUGUGUUUUGAUCGUAAAAAAUUCGAAAUCCGAGCUCUAAACUGGCCAACAUCUGGAGAAAAGUUUACAUAUUACACCAGCAGUGAUGAGAAGAGUAAACACUUGCUGUUCCUAUGCCGUACAACACAUCAAUUUAGUAUGGCAAUACAACCACGGCUGUCAGAGGUGCGGCGGAAAGAAGAAGAAGAACGCAAGAGAUUUCGUGACUGGGUGAGUGCGGGUACGUGCAAAGCAGAUCAACGCACCUCUGUCAUCAGCAAUACCUCCUCCAACACAACAUCAGGAAUUGUGUCAGAUCGUGUACAUAGUCUUGAUGAAAGUGAAGAUGAGUUGGAGGGUGAAAUCAUGAUCACGUCACCCCCUGCUCCUCUUCUGACUCCUACUGCACCACCUUCUGUUGAGUCGCUUGCUCUGGCGCACCUCCGGGAUGACGACUCUGAUGCUCCGCCUUCACCUCCACCAAGAGGGAGCUCAGAGGAGACGGACCAUACUGGCAUGGCUUCUGGUCUGACGCGCAGUCAUCAGAAGACAUCUCCCAACAGUAGUGGAGGAGGAGGAGGUGCUGCAACCCCUGCCACAACAGAUGGCAGUCAGUGUUCGAGUUCCUGUUCCACUGUUGUGGUUGCGGGACCAGCACCUCCUGCCAGACCUCGCCGUGCAUCGACCUCAUCAAGCCUGGAGCUCGGUUUCUCACAUACGGCACAGAAUUCGGCAGUCUCAGAACCUGCAACCUCAGUGGGUGGUGUGCUACCAGCACCCAGCACAUUGACAGCUGGGACAACGACUGUUGCUUUGGACUAUUCGGUGAGGAGUGCUCACACCAGCAGUGGUGUUUACACUCUGACAACAAGUGCAGGGAGUCGUCCGGGCACACCUGACUCGUGUGUGAGUGCAGCUUCUUUCCGAGGUGAUGGUAGUGAUCCUCCUGCUGCCCCACCUCGAUCUCCUCUGAGUGCUGCCGAGUUGUCGCACCUCAUCAUGUCCGGCAGACCUGCACUGGAUGAUCCUCCCACUGUUGAUGCCAGUGAAUCAUUCACGGUCCUGGAGACACCUGAAGUGCCACCUCCUGUGCCUCCUCUUCCUCCCCCUGAUCCAGCACCACCUCCUCUUCCCCUUCCGGCAGAGCCAGUGCCCAGCUUGACGGGCAGCGGGGAAGUAGCAGCGCGGCUUGUGACAACCCGGCCACACAUCUCAGUGCUGACAGCACAUGCCAGUGUAGCACCACCUGCUGCUGCUCCCAGCUAUGCUGCUCCAACACACACUACUAGCUGUCACCGCAUUAUGGAUAAAAUGAAGGUGCAAGCAGCUCAGCAGUUUCAAGUUCAUCUUCAUCAACAGCAGCAGCAACAGCAACAAAUUGUCCCAGUUCAAUUAACUGUUGGACGGAACAAUUAUUUGGAUGUACGUGCCUCUCGUGCCAAUGCAAAUGCUGGUUUAAUACAUGCUUCACUUUCAAGAUCAACUCUUGCACUCUCUGGCUGUGCAUCAUCACCUUCACCAGGUUCAUCUUUUUCUGCCACUGGAAGUGCUGCAUUGCUCAGGUCUACAGUUGCAACUGCUGCAACAUCCCCUGGUUCCUCUUAUUCUGGUGGUAGCUCAAGCCGUUGUCAGUACACCACAGGACUGGCAGGCUUGCCACUUGGUCAGGAACACCGAGGCUUCAGUAUGGGAGGUCGUAUUGGUUACUUGGGAGGCUCAACUGGGGCUUUGCACCGAGCUGCUGCUGCAACAGGAUUGUCAUUCUCGGCUACCGGAUCAGCAGGCAGCUGUGGUCGUUUGCCACCUCCGCCUCCUCACCUCCACGCUCGACGUUUUUCUCCACCACCACCGCCAUUACACCCCCGACAGCCACCACCACCACCACCUCCUUCAUCUUCUAGCCUUGCAACUGUAUAUACAUCACAGGUAACACGGGGUCAGAUUGAACAGUUCCGUCAACAGAUGUUUUCAGAUGUGGAUUAUGUAAUAUAUCCAAUGUGUGAUCCAGCCCUGAGUCGACAAGAGUAUGCUGACGCUAAGGCAGCGAGUACACUCUCGUUGUUAUCACUCUCUUCCACCUCUGCAUCUGCUUCUUGCCAGGCUGUAGCUGCACCUCCACCUCCAUAUGCCUGGGGCAGUGGCCUCCCAGGUUCUGGCCAAGGUUUACGCCGCGGCUUUCCUGCAUAUUCUUGCUCAACGGAGAGUCUGCUGGGCCCACCAACACUGUCACGUCCACUCCAUCAUCAGAGUGCAGCUCGGUACCAGUAUGCCCCAUCUUCACAUCGUGCCCUCGGUGGAGAUAUAUUGCGAGGGGCACGCUCCCAUGAAGAUCUGUUGGGAUGCUCAACAGGCAUUUCAGCAAUAUGUGCACCUCAUACGUAUGACAGGCCAGUGCCUGCACCACCACCCGUAACCCACAGUUAUCGUCGACUCCCACCUCCACCGCCGCCUCCGCCCUAUGACCAGCCAAUUACUGUUCCUGUUACGACUCCCGAGAAAGCAACCUGCCCAGCUGUUCCUGAGCCACAGAGGGAUGCAGAACCAGAGGGUGUGCUCGAUAUACGUACUCUUCGUGAAAAGAGUAAGAAUCUGGACCUGCCACUCAUAUCUGCAUUGUGCAAUGACCGCUCCUUGCUGGAACAGACAAAUGCUUUUGUAAUGCCGAGACAUCCCCGUCGCCGUCAGCCCUCAAGAUCUUCAGAGGGAACUACAGAAGUCCCAGCCAGUGUAGAGGUGCCAUCUUCAAAUGUAGGUAGUGGGAACGGCAGCAGGAAACUCUCAGGUGUAAGUGGUGGAACACUUCUAUCAGGACUUGGGACAAGCAAGCUCAAGUAUCCUGUGUCAGGGUUGUCCACAACACAGAUUUCAAAGCCCAGAAGGAAGGCAUCAUCAGGAACACAUGUUCACACUCAUCCCUGCUCUUCAGUGAGCACAGGUUCUGGUGCUAUAAAGAACGAGGGAAGGAAUGUGGGUCGCAGAGAUACCAUAAUGCCAUGACAAGAUGUGGACUUUUACUGUCAUUGGCAUCAAAAUAACAGAGGCACAGUGUGACUGAGAAAACAUUUACUCUGUUGUAACAUAUGAAAUAAUUAAUGUGUCUGUAGUUUUACUCAAAAAUGAACUAUUGUUUCAGAUGAGAAAAUUUUAUGUGAGUACUUUUGUGAGUUAAGUUGUACAUGCAGCAGGGAAAUGUAUGUGGAAUAUGUGGUAACUCAUCACAUAUAUAUUAAAAACAGGGUACUUUCUUUUUCUUUUCAUUUAUAGAAAUAUUGAUUUGUAGGAUGGUAGUAUAGAAGGAUUGCACCCAAUAGAUUCCUCCCCCCCCUUCCCCCCCGCACCGUAAUAGUGCUUGGCGGGGAUGGUGUGGAUGGUGGAGAUAGAAAGAACCAACAAAAGAGAAGCAAAAAUUUUAGGUUUAAGACAACUCUCCUCACCAGCCUAUCCUGUGAAAGCCUCAGCAACUGCUGCAUCCCACAUCCAUUUGAAGCUGCUACCCAGCAAGCAUUGGCCUCCCUCUACUAUGUUUACUCUCACACUCCCCUCCAUUACAGUAUUAACAUUACUGGAUGGCUGACAUCCUAUCAACCAAUCCCUCAUUUUAGUUAAGUUGUGCCAUAAAUUUUUUCUCUCCCCCCCCCCCCCCCCCCCCCCCCCCCCAGAUCAAUUGAGUGCCUCUUCAUUAGUUCUACAGUCUAUCUAUCUAAUUGCUGAUAGAAAGGACAAUCAACUAUCCCAGCUAUGAGAAGUCUAAGUUCCUUCCUUGAGUGUAAAGAGGGAUAGGUUGAUAAAGAUUAGAAAAGACUCUCAGACCCCAGGAGGAGAGGGACCCAUCUGUUGUUUAUACAUUUAUCCAAUUGUUGGAUAUAAGACUACUGAAAAACAGAUGAAUAUCUUCUAUCUCAUUGAAUAUUUGGUGCUUCAGACUAAAACACUAUGUGUCCCCAUUCAUGACCUGAGAAGAUAACAAACCAUGAGCAGAUGCUCACAUGUCACACACACACACACACACACACACACACAGGGCAACAGAGCAAAUUAUUAGACAUGUAUCAUAAUCUCUCACAACACCAUCAUAGUCUUGGCAAAACAUCAUCUUAGAUUGUUAUUGAUAGAACAUGGAGUAGCCGUGUUGGUUACUUAGUGGGAGAAAGAAAAGUAUUAUACAUCUUGGUCACUUUGCUCAACUGUCUUCUCUUAUCUUCUAAUAACCCAUUAUUUGAGAUCGUUGCUCAUGUUCUCAUCAGAACUGUUUCAUCAUUCUGUUAGAAUGAAUAAUAACUGCACUAUGCAAAGGUCCUUGGGAUCUGAAUUUUCUUGAAUCUUACAUUUUAGCAAAAUAUCCAAAGAUGUAUGUUAAAUUUGAUUGACUUGUGCCUUACUUCAUUUUUGGUCAGCUAACUGGAUUUUCUUUCCUCUCUCUUCCUCCUCCUCUUUAUCUCUAUCACCACUUCUCUCCUUUUUCUCAUUCAUUCUUUAUUUCUGUUUCCUUUUUUCCCUCCAUUCUAGGAUGUAACGAUUACAGUAUGGUGCAUUCUUGUUUCUGAAUAAACCAAUUCUAAUGGGAAACUUUCAUGAAAAGAUGGUGAUGGAAGCUGAAGAAAUGAAAAGCUUAUACCCUGAAAUAUAUUACUGUUUAGAAAGUUUUUUUUUAUGUUUUUAAAUCUAAGAUUUGUAUCCGUGAAGCAUUGCUCUAAGGAUUAGUAAAUAUUAGAAAAUGUAGGUGUUCUCCGAAAGUUUAUGUUGCCAUAAAUAUUCAGGUUAGAACACUAUAGGAAAGACAGAGUAUUUCUUAAUUUCUAACAAGAUUUAAGAAUUCCACAACAUUAUCCCUGCAGCAUUGUGAAAUGUACCUGCUAUUCCCUGUGUCUCUGUUACGUCACUAUCUGCAGCAAUGCAAAUACAGUUAGUGACAUAUUCACUUGAGGCUAUUACUGUUAAGUUUUAUUCCCUUACAGAUGUUUUUAUUACAGUUCAGUCUUAAAGCAAUUGCUUGGUGCUUAGCACAGUCUCUGAAAUCUUGGCCUUCACUUGUGUUCACAAUGAGGAUUAGAAGAUAUAGAAACUUUAAAUAAUUUACAUUUUACUGCUGUUGUGAUAUACAUGACGUUAGGGGCAAAUUGUAAUGGAUUUUCAAAAUGGUGGAUGAUUUAACAGUUUGUAUGUAUCCAUUAGUUUUUCUUGUUGGUGAACCUGAGUGGAUGCUAUCUGAACUUUGGUCAGAGACUGGGCAUAAGCCAACAGACAAAAAGUAUCUGUGACAGCAUUAUCAUAAUUUCUGUUAUACUUAUGCAUUUGAUACAUUUAUUAAUCAUUAAUGUGGUUGAAUGCAUUUACUGCACUAUAGAUAAGGAGAUUUAGCAUUUUGUUGCUGUAUAAAGCAAAUAGCUGCAAAAGUAUGAGAGUCUGGACUGGAGAGCUCUCCUCCACUCACAAUUCCAUCUGAAUUUACAACAGUAGCUGCAGAAAGGAAGAUGCACCCACUGAUUUACUGCCUACAUGCAAUGUUUAUAUGUACUGAAAUUUGAUUAAGUAUGGACUUGUGGCAUCAAUUCUUGUAGGAGUGAAAACUGUUACUUCAUCUGCAGGUGUAGUGUAAAAGCAGUGGGUGACUGCUCCUCCAUAGAAUAUUGUGUCAGUUUUUAAAGAAAAUAAGAUGUAAGUGACAUAAUGCUUGUCAUUUCGACUGCCAAGUAUUUAUGCACUGGAAUGGAACUUGUAUUGUAAUUGUAUCAUUGAACAGAGACAUUACCUCAUUCUAUGGAGGGUGUUUUGAGUGAUGAAAUUGAUUAUUAUGAAAGUCGAAUUAAAUGAAUCGUAACUGAAGAUUUAAAAUUAUAAAGCUUCUGUUGUAAGAAGCUUUUAUAUUAAUAAAUAGAUAUAAAUAACUGAAAUACAAAUAUAUUCUCCAAAUUACAGUGUUUUUGAGCUCAACAAUCCAUUCAAAACUUUUUACAAACUAUGGAUUAGCUUUCAGCCCAUAAAUUUGUGUUAUAACCCACCGACCGAGCCACUUAAACCUAAUUACCAUACAUCCACACAAGUAAUUUUUAAUUGCCGUGUCUUCCUAUGAAAUUAUAGACAAUUUGCAUGAUUUAUUUAGAUAACAUAGUUACCAAAAUAUGGAACCUUCUGAGUAGGAUUCAAUUUCCAGUUUCAAGAACACAUACUGAAUUUUGUGGGAAGUUCCAAACUGUGUACCAUAUGCUCACAGUUAACUUAAUUUGACAAGCUAAGAUACAAGAUUAUAGGAAGAGUUGGUGCUAUCUGCUAUUUAAGUUGGCUCUUCAUGUGUAAAGCUUGACAAAUACCCAUUGAAUUUCUUGAAUACCAGGGCAAUGCUACAUCAGAAGUGCUAGCAGUGUGGAAUUCAGAUAUAACUGAUCUAACUAUUAUAAUUUGAAAGGACGGAAAAAAAUACUAUGUUUCUGCUUCACCAUUCAACAUGUAUUUUAAAGCUUGUGUACAAAACUAAGUAGUUACCUUAGUGGAAAUGUACAUUUAUACUUGUGUUUGUUGUACUUGGAUUCUCAGUUUAAUCCAAACACCACAGAAAACCAAGUAGAACUUUUUAAACUAUUUUGCAUAGUACUGCACUAAAGCAUUACAGAAAUAUUAGUAUAAAAUCACUUAUGAAAUUACAUUGUUUGUCAAAAAAUAAAUGCAAGCAUUUCAUUCUCUGAUCUGGCAAUGGAUUAGGUACGGACACACCUAGGAAGAUAAGGAACAGUACGACAUUUGUUUAUAUUAUUUUCCAUACUGCUACACCUCUGCUACUUCAGAUAGUAAAUUAUUUGUAUAUCUUUACCAAUAACCAUUACUGAAUGGCAUUAUCACUUCCCUUUUUAACUCACUAACAAUUUAUUUGAAGCUUUGCAAGCUUCUGUUUCUCAGGGUGCCAUUUUAGUCUGUUUCCAUACAUUUCUUAAUUUAAUUACUGUAUGUACGUAUGUAAUUGUUCAAACAUAAUUGGUUUUCAUGGCCACAUUUCAUUGUAAAAAUGUCAAUUGCUCAACUUUUUGUCUUUAAUCAUCGUGUAUGUGAGCCUGCAUAA